AUCCCACCGAAAGAGUUGUUCUUAAUCUUCCUAAUAAUAAUUAAUAACUCAUUCUGAGUGGUAUUUGUUCUUGUUUAGUGUAUAGUUAAUUGAUUAACGUCACCAUGGAUGAAGAAUAUGAUGCUAUUGUGUUAGGCACAGGAUUAAAAGAGUGUAUUUUAAGUGGUAUGCUAUCAGUUUCAGGCAAAAAAGUAUUACAUGUUGAUCGCAACAAAUAUUACGGCGGGGAGUCGGCUUCCAUCUGUCCGCUAGAAGAACUUUUUUCAAAAUUUGGUGCUCCACCACCGGAUGAGUCUUACGGAAGGGGCCGCGAUUGGAACGUUGACCUAAUCCCCAAAUUCUUAAUGGCCAACGGACUUUUAGUAAAACUGCUUAUUCAUACAGGCGUCACACGUUAUCUUGAAUUCAAAUCUGUAGAGGGAAGCUACGUUUAUAAGGGAGGAAAAAUAUCAAAGGUUCCGGUUGAUCAAAAAGAAGCACUGGCAUCUGACUUGAUGGGAAUGUUUGAAAAACGACGUUUUAGAAAUUUCUUGAUCUAUGUUCAAGAUUUUUCGGACGCUGAUCCAAAAACAUGGAAAGAUUUUGACCCUAACACACAAAAUAUGCAAGCACUUUAUGACAAAUUUGGUUUGGAGAAAAGUACUCAAGACUUCACUGGUCAUGCUUUAGCACUUUACAGGAAUGAUGAUUAUCUAAAUGACCCUGCUGUAAAUACCAUUAAAAGGAUCAAACUUUAUUCUGACUCUCUUGCACGCUAUGGAAAAUCUCCUUACUUGUAUCCAAUGUAUGGCUUAGGAGAAUUACCACAAGGUUUUGCUAGAUUGUCAGCGAUCUAUGGGGGUACAUACAUGUUAGAUAAGCCGAUUGAUGAAAUAGUAAUAGGUGAAGGGGGUAAGGUAGCGGGAGUUCGUUCAGGAACCGAAGUGGCGAAAUGUAAACAGGUUUAUUGUGAUCCCAGUUACGUGCCAGAUAGGGUACGUAAAAGUGGCCAGGUGAUCAGGUGCAUUUGCCUCCUGGAUCAUCCCAUAGCCAACACCAAAGAUGCCCUUUCCACCCAAAUAAUCAUUCCUCAAAAACAAGUGGGUCGUAAUUCAGAUAUUUAUGUAUCUCUUGUAAGUUACACCCACCAAGUGGCAGCCAAAGGGUGGUUUAUAGCCAUGGUCUCAACCACUGUAGAAACCGAGAAUCCUGAAAACGAAAUCAAACCAGGAUUGGAUUUGUUGGGCUCCAUAAGACAAAAAUUCGUCUCCAUUUCCGAUUAUUACGUACCUACUGAUAAUGGACUCGACUCUCAAAUAUUCAUAUCUGAAUCGUUCGAUGCAACAACGCAUUUUGAAACGACCUGUUUAGACGUAUUGGACAUAUUCAAAAGAGGUACCGGCGAAGAAUUCGACUUUUCGAAAAUCAAGCACGAACUAGGCGACGAAGAAUAAUCGAUCGAUCUACUGACGGUGCUAAUUUGUUCUUAGUUAUUAUUAUCAUCGUGAUUUUAUCAUAAUACAUGCAAAUUAUUACAACAUACUAGAUUAUGAUUACUAUUGAUUAUUAUACGAUAUAAAUGAAAAAAUUAUAUGAAACGAAAGAUGUGCGUAAUCUGCUGUCGUAGUAAUUUAUGAGUAAAUGGCAUUUUCCAAAUGUAUGUUUAUACAAUACAUCCAUAUAACUCUUUCAGAUAUAAUGCAAUCCUGUAGUUUGUUGGGAUUUAUGUUUAAUAUAAAUAAUUACAAUUAAAUAUAAACGUUGCGCCACCGAAUUUAAUUUAGUAAAAUUUUCUUAAGGUGCUGUGUUAUAAGUGGACUUUUUUUUUAUUUUAUUACCGAUAUUCUUUAUUUUUUUGCACCAUAUAAGCCCCACUACUAUUACCAUAAGUACAUAAAAUAAAUCGAGCUUAAAGGUUUGCCCUUGGCGUUGUACGCUACAGGGCUUUGCAUUUAUCCAAAUUGAAAAAGAAACGAAAUUAAUGAAAAACCAAAGUUUGAAUAUUUCCGAUAAUAGUUUUAAAGUUGAUUUACCACUCAAUAAACCUCAAAAAUAGAUUUAAUUACAUGUAAGCUUUAUUUGUUUUUUUUUGAGAUGUUAAAAAUAGUCUGCUUGCAGGUUGUUAUAAUAUUGUAAUAUUAAUGAUUAAUAAGGAGAAAUAGAACAAGUAAAUUGUAGCAACUAAUCGUUAAAUAGUAAAUUUUCAGAUACGAAUUGAUAAUAAGAAAAGAAUUGUAUGUAUUGCGAAUGUAUUUUUAGUUAUCCAAAAGUCUUUUUUUAUUAUUAAUAUCUAUUUUAAAGAAUGAGGGAGGUACCGAUGUAUUUGUCUUUUUUUAUAUACGAAUAAAUGAACAAAUAAGAGGAAAAACCUAUAAUUGUAUGUCACUGGCUUUGCAUUCCAAGCUAAGAUAGAAAUAAGAACACAAAAAUGUCUAUAGUUAAAUGCUUAUCUGCAUGGUGAUCUUAAUAUCGUCUAGAGGACUUUUUCUUGUGAUUUUUAGUUAGUUUUACUUAUUUUUUUUUUCUUAUGAAGGGCGUCUAUAUGCACAUGUCUCUCCUCGGUGAUGGUAUUAAGGUUUUACCGAUAUUUAAAACAAUUGUCGUGAAUCUGGGAUAAAAAUAAAAGCUUCGUAAAUA